AUUUUGAGAGCAUAGAGCCCUUAGCUUAUUUAUGCAACUUUCAUUACGUUUCCGUUUAAAUACAAAUUUAUUCUACUUGGUUUCAUGGAGGCUACACUAGAACAACACCUUGACGAUACAAUGAAAAAUCCUGCGAUCGUUGGAGUUUUGUGUACAGACGCCCAAGGUCAUAAUCUUGGAUGCCGUGGUUCCCUUUCUGAUGAGCAUGGUGGAGUUGUGUCUGUUCUGGCUAAACAGGCUGCCUCUCUAACUAAAGAUCCAACAGACACUCCUACUGUGUGUCUCGAAUCCGAUUCAGGGACUGUGCUGGUGAGGACACACGGCACCAUCACAGUAGCCAUGCACAAGAUGGUGUCAUAAAGUCUCUGGAUGCGUGCACCAUUAUCACAAAAUCUUGCUAAUGUACAGAUACCUGGCCGAUACACAUUAACACUUAUCUGCUUUGGAUUAGAAAAGGACUAUGCCUGCAUUCUAUGCACUAUAUGCAUAUCUAAUAACUGUUCUGUGUUGUGCUUUGCUUAUAAUGGCAUAUUUUGUAGGAUUUGAGUAACUGUGGCCUCAAUGCACUGAUAUAGUGCUUGCAUAUUCUUUUACAACUAGAUACAUUUCUUAAUUAUUCAGUGCUUCCAGGUGUAACUUGAAAUUUCUGAAGUUAAAUGUUACUGUUAAUAAAUUAUUUAAUAAAUAGUUA